AUGUAUCCUCAGAUUACUAAGUAUUUCAAAAAAACAUCAAAUUUAGAUCCGUCAUUAAAAGAGAUUCAAGUCAUAUCAUCAUGGUCCACAACAUUACCAUCAUUAACAUCAUCAUCAACAUUAUCAACAACACCAGCAUCACCAGUACUAUCAUUAACAUCAUCAUCGUCAGCAUCAUCAAUACAAUUAAAUAUGUCAGAAAAUGACAAUGUAACAAGUGAAGCAUUGAUUCUGCGUACAAAUGAUAUUGGCUUAUGGAUUGGUAAAAGACUUACUGAUGAACAAAAAUAUGAAUUGAUAACAAAUCAUUUUAAACCGAAUAAAGGAUUUGUUUGGCCUUACAAAGAACGUAAGUUGUUAAUGGACAAACGCUCUCAAAAUGAAAUUUUAGAAAAUCGUGCACGAUUGAAACCGAUUAUAGAAACAAUCGUGUUUUGCGGAAAGCAAAAUAUUGCUCUACGUGGCCAUCGUGACGAUGGUAAUACAAUCAUUGCAAGUGAAGCAUCAUUAGCAAACGAGGGAAAUUUUUGUGCUUUAUUAUUGUAUCGUAUUCAAAGUGGUGAUGAAGUGCUGAAAAAGCAUCUGGAAAGAUGCAACAAAAAUGCUACUUAUAUAUCGAAGACAACUCAAAAUCAGCUAAUUGAUAUCAUUGGUAAAUUAAUUUUAAAACAAGUUAUUGAAGAAGUUAAACAAGCACAAUUUUUUACUAUAUUACUCGAUGAAACCACUGAUAUAGCAAAUAUUGAACAAGCUAGUCUUUGCAUUAGAUACAUCUUAAACGAUCAAAUUCAUGAAAGAUUUUUAAUGUUUAUUCCGGUUAUGGAUCGAUCAGGUGCUGGUCUAGCAGAUUUAAUUAUAACAUCUAUUUUAGAUUUAUAUUUAGCUUUCUGUGUUGAACAAGGUCAUGAUGAUUGCUCAGCCAUGUCAGGACAUAUCAAAGGUUGUCAAGCGAUAAUUCGAGACAAAUAUCCACAUAUAUUAUACGUACAUUGUGCGUCUCAUUCAUUCAAUUUGGCAAUAAGUGAUAGUUGUGAAAUACGUUCCAUACAAAAUACAAUUGGUACAAUAAAAGAAAUUUAUAAUUUUAUUCGAUCAUUGUCAGUUCGUAGUGGAAGAUUUGAAAGAUUAGCACGUGAAAUAAAUAAAAAGCGAGUAAUUGUAUUGAGUGAAAACAAUGAAACAUCAUCUAUACAAUCAUUAGAAAAUAGUACAAGUGAAGUACGAUAUAAAAAAGUAAAAUUGGUGAAUGUUUGUGCGACUAGAUGGGUUGAACGUCGUGUAGCUGUUGAAACAUUUAAUUGUUUAUUCCCUGUUGUUGUUGAAUUAUUAACUAAUUUAAUGAAAUCUAAAGAUAAAGAAUCAUCCAUUAGAUCAAACUUAUUCUAUGGUGCAAUAUCUUCUUCAGAAUUUCUAUGUUCAUUACCAAUGUUGAAUAAAUUAUUAUCAUUUACAAUUAAUGUAGCACGAAGCUUACAAAAUAGCAAAAUCGACUUAAUGAAUUGUAUUUCAAAUAUUGAAGAUAUAUUGCAAGUGAUGCAAAUGAUGAGAAACGAACCUGAUGAAGAAUAUAAUUACUUGUUUCAAGAAGCACAACAUUUGGGUAAAUAUACGGAAACGGUAAUAGAAAUGCCAAGGAUUACCAAACGACAAAUCAAUAGAGAUAAUAUUCCUGCUUCUUCUGCAUAUGAUUAUUUUAAGCUGAAUAUUUUCAUUCCAUUACUUGAUCAUUUUUUAGUAGCUAUUAAAGAUAGAUUCAGUGAACAUGUCAAAAAAGCAGCAGCUAUUUCAUGUCUUGUUCCAAAAUAUAUUGUUGAUAAAAGUUAUGAUGAUUUAACUCCAGCUAUUGAAAUUUAUAACAACUUUUUAUCUGCCGGUUCAGAUGUUCAAGUCAAAUCUGAAUUUUUGUUAUGGAAAAAACGAUGGAUGAAUAUUGUUACAGAAACUAUCUCUACUCCAUUAUCACCUUCUUCGUCUAGCAAUACAACCACAAUCAAAAUGAAACAGAAACAAGAAAUAGUUUUACCAGACACAGUAAUUCAUGCUUAUGCUGCUUGUCCGGAAGCAUUUUAUCCAAACAUAAAAAUUUUAUUGAAAAUCUUUGCAACUCUACCAGUGACAACUGCAACUACAGAAAGAACCUUUUCAGUCCUGAAAUUACUGAAAACUUAUUUACGUUCGACCAUGUCUGAAACACGACUUAAUGGUUUAGCAAUGAUGUAUAUUUAUAGAGAUGUAGAUAUAAAUGUUGAUGCUGUGAUUGAUGAAUUUGCUAAAUCUAAUCGUCGAUUGGUUUUUUAG